AUGAACCCAAUUCAACGGACUCUCUUGUAAAGGACAACAGAGUAGUGAAGAAUACAAAGUGCAUCAAAAUUGUCUUAUUGCUUAUUGAAAUAAUCGCCUGCUGAAACAUUAAUGGAGCAAGUUCAUAUAUAUAAUGAGAUCAAUUAAUCUUGAAGCACUAAUAAACCCAAUGGCAAGGCUAGUUUUCUGCUUAGUAUUCUUAAAUAUAAGUGUAAUUUUGUUAGUGUUAAUCGGUGUGAGGGCUUCAUCAGGGAGUUCUCUGGAGAAGAGUAGUGCCUUCUUCAUAUUUGGAGACUCCACUGUAGAUCCUGGAAACAACAAUUACAUACACACCAUCCCUGAAAACCAAGCAAAUUUCAAGCCCUAUGGACAGAAUGGCUUCUUUGAUGGACCAACAGGACGCUUCUCUAACGGCCGUGUGAUCGUUGAUUUUAUUGCGAGUUACGCAAAUUUGUCAUUGAUUCCUCCGUUUUUAGAACCCUCCGCUGAUUAUAGCUAUGGUGUUAACUUUGCCUCUGGUGGAGCCGGUGUACUUCCUGAAACCCAUCAGGGUUUGGCGAUUGAUCUUCCUACACAAUUGAAGUAUUUUGAAGAGGUGAAGAAGUCCUUAACUGAAAAGCUAGGAGAAGCAGAAGCAGACGAAGUUAUAUCAGAAGCUGUUUAUUUCAUCAGUAUUGGAAGCAAUGAUUAUAUGGGUGGCUAUCUGGGUAACCCCAAAAUGCAAGAAAACUAUCAACCUGAAGAUUAUGUCGCCAUGGUUAUCGGCAACUUGACCGAAGCUAUCCAAGUGCUGUAUGAAAAAGGAGGUAGAAAAUUUGGGUUUCUGAGCUUAUCUCCAUUGGGGUGCUUGCCAGCCCUGAGAGCUUUGAACCCCAACAAAGACAGUGAAAAUGGUUGCUUUGAAGCAGGUUCUGCUCUAGCAGCAGCACAUAAUAAUGCUUUAAAAGGAGUCCUCACAAGCAUUGAAUAUAUUUUUGAAGGGUUCAAAUAUUCCAACUCCAAUUUCUACACUUGGCUUGAAGAUAGAAUGAACAAUCCUUCCAACUAUGGUUUUAAGGACGGAAUAAAUGCUUGUUGCGGAUUCGGGCCAUACGGGGGAAUGCUAACCUGCGGUGGCAACAAGAAUAUCACAGAAUACAAUUUAUGUGGUAAUCCUGACGAUCACGUUUGGUGGGACUCUUUCCACCCAACAGAAAGGAUCCAUGAACAGUUCGCAAAGGCUCUCUGGGAUGGACCCUCUUCAUCCGUUGGGCCAUUCAAUCUCCAGGAUCUCUUCUUCAGUAAGGGAAAACUCACCAUUGCCGAUAUUGUUGAUGCUCCUCACCUCAAGGACACCAGUUUCAGUAAUAUUAUAUAAUGCUUGCAGUCUACUUUUUAUGUGGCACAAGUACAUAAAAAUUCAAAUCAAAUAAUUGAAUUGUAAAAUGAAGAAGAAGACCCUUUUCUUUUAAA